UUUCCAUACUCUAAAAACUCCAAAUAUAUAACAGCUGGUUUGCUCCACUAUCACUUCAUUCUUUGUUUUAAAGUCUAAUAAUAGGAAAUGCUUUCCCUUUCUGAUUGAUUUCUGCUUUCUUGAAAGACUCUACACCUUCUUGUCUUUUCUUUUGCUGUUCUUCUUUACGGAAAGUUUCUUGAUUUGCUGUUUCCUUUCUGGACUGUUUUCUAUGAAGUUAAGUUCUCAUUUUCUUGCAGAGAUUAGAUGGUGCAAUUUCUAGCUAGUUGCUGAUUAAUUUAUUGGAAUGAGAGGAUCAAUAAUGGGUAACUCACCAGCUAAUGUUGAAGCUAGGCAUCGUUUGUCUUCUUCAAUAGAAGACAUAUACAAAAGAAGGUUACAGAAAAACAAAGUGAAAGGUGUUGAAAAGCCUUUCCACAUCCCCAUCCAAGACAGGAGUUCAUGCUGCAAGUUUCCACUCCUGAAACUUGCUCUUGUGAUUCUCAUUUGCUGCACUAUUGUAACACUCUUUCACUCUCCAGAGGUUGAUCUAUCACAUCCUAGCUCAAGGUGGAUAUGGGGAGGAUCAGAUCCGCGAUAUGUCUCGGAUAUUGAUGUGAAUUGGGAUAGUUUGAUGAAGGUUAUAGAGAAGCUGGGUGAACAGAAUGACUAUCAGGGAAUUGGGCUUUUAAAUUUCAAUAGGAGUGAAAUCAAUCAUUGGAAGCAGCUUUUACCUGAUGUUACGCACAUUGAUCUCCAACUAGACCAUGCAGAUAGAAAUGUAACUUGGGAAUCUUUAUACCCAGAAUGGAUUGAUGAAGAGCAAGAAACUGAUGUUCCAGUUUGCCCAUCUCUACCCAAAUUGGAUGUACCUAGAAAAAGACUUGACCUCAUUGCAGUUAAGCUUCCAUGCAGAAAUGAGUGGAAUUGGUCAAGAGAUGUUGCCAGGUUGCACUUGCAGGUUGCAGCAGCAAAUCUUGCUGCUUCUGCCAAAGGGUUUUAUCCUGUCCAUUUGCUUUUUAUUACCAAUCGCUUUCCAAUCCCAAAUCUCCUUACUUGCAAGGAACUUGUCCUACGAGAAGGAAAUGUCUGGUUAUACAAGCCCGAUUUGAAUGUUUUGAGAGAAAAACUCCAGCUCCCAGUUGGCUCCUGUGAACUUGCUCUUCCUCACAGAGAAAAAGAACCAUUUUAUUCUGGAAAUCUGCGGCGAGAAGCAUAUGCAACAAUUCUACAUUCUGCACAUGUUUAUGUCUGUGGAGCCAUUGCAGCGGCUCAAAGCAUCCGCUUGUCAGGCUCAAACAGAGACCUUGUAAUACUUGUGGACGAGUCUAUCAGUGUUUACCAUAGAAGUGGACUUGAGGCCGCAGGAUGGAAAAUCAGGACAAUACAAAGGAUAAGAAACCCAAAAGCUGAGAAAGAUGCAUACAAUGAAUGGAAUUAUAGCAAGUUUAGGUUAUGGCAGCUAACAGAGUAUGACAAAAUCAUUUUCAUUGAUGCAGAUUUGCUUAUACUUAGGAACAUUGAUUUCUUGUUUGGCAUGCCAGAAAUUUCUGCAACAGGAAAUAAUGCUACUCUUUUUAACUCUGGGGUGAUGGUCAUUGAGCCUUCAAAUUGCACAUUCCAGCUACUGAUGGAACACAUUAAUGAAAUUGAAUCCUACAAUGGUGGAGACCAGGGCUACCUGAAUGAGAUCUUUACGUGGUGGCAUCGUAUUCCUAAGCACAUGAACUUCUUGAAGCAUUUCUGGGUUGGUGAUGAAGAAGAAGUUAAACAGAAGAAAAUUCGCCUUUUCGGUUCAGAGCCACCAAUCCUCUAUGUUCUUCACUAUCUUGGCGUGAAGCCAUGGCUAUGCUUCCGAGACUACGAUUGCAAUUGGAACGUAGACAUAUUUCAAGAAUUUGCAAGUGAUAUUGCUCAUGAAAAGUGGUGGAAGGUACAUGAUGCAAUGCCUGAGCAGCUGCAUCAGUUUUGCCUCCUGAAAUCAAAGCAGAAGGCUCAACUAGAAUGGGACAGGAGGCAAGCUGAGCAAGCAAACUAUACUGAUGGACAUUGGAAAAUUAAAAUUCAGGAUCAUAGAUUAAACAAAUGUAUCGAUAAUCUGUGUUCCUGGAAGAGUAUGCUACGACAUUGGGGAGAGACGAAUUGGACUGAUGAUGAAUUCUUCAAUCCAACACCACCUGCACUUUCCACAGCUUCCUUAUCUGGCUUAUGAGUUUUGUACCUUCUCUAUUUAAAUGACACAGAAUCCAGACAUGGGUUCCCUUUUUUUUUUUUUCUUCAUUUUUGAAGCAUAAGAGUGUUUUAGACUCAUUCUGUUUUUGACAGAAAUCAUCACUUCUGAUGCUGAAUUACUUGCAGAUUUUUCCUUGUACUAGAUGCUAUAUCUUAUAACAGAAUCCUUACAUUCAUUUUCA